CUCAAAUCAUCAGCACUGAUGAUACUGAGAUCAUAUAUAUGAAAUUUUAACGAUCUGCUUUCAACAAAAAUAUUGAACCGGAUAGACCCCUUUUCUCAUUUCUGGAUCAAACUUCUUAUGAGGAGAUGGACACAGCAAUGAAAAUCAUUCUUUUCAGUAUUAUAUUACAAGGUGUUUGGUGUAAGUGGUUCAACAUCAGUCUCCCAGAGAAGAUUGAAGCUCUGAAUGGAUGUAGUGUGAUUAUUAAGUGUGCAUUUGAGAUUGAAGAAAAAUAUGACCAAGACCUCUCUGAGACUGCAACAGGAGUGUGGCAUAAAAAUGACACUAGUCUGACAGAGCAUGUAGUGUUUAACUCCAGCAGCAAUAAUCACUCAAUUAAAGCGACUAUAACUGGAAAAUUAAAAGCCAAGGACUGCACCACUGUCUUUUAUAAUGUAGAUUCAAGUCACAUUGGCAAAUAUUUCUUCAGGCUUGAGGGUAAUGGUGGACUGAAAUGGACCUACACAAAAACCUCAGUUUCAGUAGAUGUUAUCAACUCUCCUCAUAACCCCACAGUGAAGUUGUAUGUGGAUGAGAAGGAGGUGCAGAGUCAGCAGGAGGUGUUGGAGGGGAGCUCUGUGUGUCUGUCCUGCUCUGCUGAGACUCUCUGUUCCUCUCCUCCAGCAACUCUCACAUGGAGCUCCUCUUCCAGACUUCCCUUCAGUCUACAGGAGAAGCAGAAUCAAAAUAAACUCAUCUCUCAUCUCAAUUUCACUGCUACUCCCCUUCAACACACAGCCACUUUCACCUGCACUGUCACCUACCAGCUACAGGACAACAACAAAUCAGCACACAGCAACCUCACAUUACAUGUUACAUAUGCCCCUAAAAUCUCUAUCUCGUCCAGCUGUAACAGAACUGAUGUAACCGUGUGUUUGUGUGAGGUUGAUGGAAAUCCCUCUCCUAAACUGGAGUGGCAUCUGUCUGGACGUCCUGUCACUAACUCUACAAUCAUGUCCAUCAGUGAAGAGCGAUUGAGCAGCACAGUUUUGAGGAGCUUCAUCACUCUUCAUCACUCACUAACACACACAUCCACUGUGCAGUGUGUCACCACAAACACUCAUGGCAAUGACAAACAUCUGUUCCAAUGGCUUCUCUAUGCUCAAGAGUCAACAGAAUGUCAACAGGCUUCAGUUCCACUCCUGAUCCUUUUAACACUGAUUCUCCUCCUGUAUGCUCUGACUGUUGGACUUGGCCUCUACAAAAUUAGACAAUUGUCCACCAAGAUAAAGGCACAGAAUGAGGCUGGCACUUAUGCGUCUCUUCAGCUCUCUGCUCCAAGCUCUGAUUAUGAGACUUUGAAUGUCAAUAAAGUUGACAAAUGAUAAAAAAUACAUGUUUCACAAGUUCACUGGUUUGUACAGUUCAUAGAGCAUACAGUAAAUAGAUUUGGCAUGCAGUUUAUAACGGAUGGUCUCGGGCUCUAAGAUCUCCCUGGACUGUCUGAUUAAAGAAAUAAAGAAAUAUAUUACUGCAUUCAUUGUAUUAUUAAAUCUAUUAUGACUUCUGUGCCAUGUGCUGGCCUGUCUGAUAAUAAGCUAUUUAAACAGUUUCUUUGUUUAUUCUUUUGAUGUAGGAACACAUUUUUAAAUAUGUUUGUCUUUUUUUUAACUAAUCUUUUGAUUUUGAAUAUUUUAUUAAUGGAUGCAUGUUGAAACA